AUCCGAUAACAUCCCAGUGUUUUGGUCAUGAUUUGGUGUUCCUGUACAGAAGCUGACUGUCGGUUAUUGCCAAGCGUAAUGCAACAUUUACAUGUGUGAUAGGCAAACUGGGUCUUUCUACUUUAAUCCAGUUGGCCUAUAUGAGAAUGCAAUAUGUUUUCCUAGUUUCGGAUUCCCCGUCAUGACCUCACCGGGCCGCCGCUUCAGUUGAAUGGGAUCCCUCAUCGUCUGUCUGUCGCUCGUUUUGGCACCGACUGUCUCUGCUGCCGCCUCCGCCGCCUCUCCAAGCCCCGAUUUUAGGAUCUGUGAGCAUUUGGUCUCUCGAAUCAGUUUAUUAAUGCUUUGAUGUGAAACCCGCCUGUCUGAUCGGCAGUAGAGCAGCGACGACGCCAAAUCUCUGGUAGUCUGCGUGUCAGGGCCAUGGGGGGAUCCAAGAGUAAGCCCAAGGAUGUAGGGCAGCGAACCCGCAGCCUUGAUGGCCACCUCAGCUCUGGGGGAGGGGCUCACCUCAACUCCAAUCAACCAUCCUUAACACCCAAUCGUAGCCCUACUCUGGAUGGAGGUCUCAGUGGCAAUCCUUCCAAUAACGCAGAGCUGGCCCUGUUUGGAGGUGUGGACAAUAAUAGUGUCACCUCUACGAACAGAAUCACACAAGCAGUCGGCGUAACGACCUUCGUGGCAUUGUAUGACUAUGAGUCUAGAACAGCCUCAGAUCUGUCAUUCAGGAAGGGUGAACGUCUCCAAAUAGUCAACAACACAGAGGGGGACUGGUGGCUGGCUCGCUCCCUGACCACGGGAGAGAGUGGUUAUAUCCCCAGCAAUUAUGUGGCUCCAUCCGACUCCAUCCAGGCAGAAGAGUGGUACUUUGGCAAAAUCACACGCCGCGAUUCUGAGAGGCUGCUACUAAGUUUAGAGAACAGGAGAGGGACUUUCCUGGUGCGAGAGAGUGAGACCACUAAAGGUGCCUACUGUCUGUCUGUAUUGGACUAUGACAACACGAAAGGGCUGAAUGUGAAGCACUACAAGAUCAGGAAGCUGGACAGCGGCGGUUUCUAUAUCACAUCACGCACACAGUUCAGCAACCUGCAGCAGCUUGUCAAUCACUAUCGCAAGCAUGCUGAUGGACUGUGUAACAGUCUAACAGACAUUUGUCCUGUACUGAAGCCUCAGACUCAGGGCUUGGCCAAGGAUGCCUGGGAGAUCCCGAGAGAGUCCCUCCGUCUUGACCUCAAGCUUGGGCAGGGCUGCUUUGGAGAGGUCUGGAUGGGAACAUGGAACGGUACAACACGGGUGGCAAUAAAGACUCUGAAGCCUGGCACUAUGUCCCCUGAAGCAUUCCUCCAAGAAGCUCAGGUCAUGAAGAAACUGAGACAUGAAAAGCUAGUUCAACUCUAUGCUGUGGUAUCCGAGGAACCGAUCUACAUUGUCACAGAGUACAUGGGACAAGGUAGCUUACUGGAUUUCCUGAAAGGUGACAUGGGCAAGAUUCUUCGACUCCCCCAACUGGUAGACAUGGCCUCACAGGUUUAUAAAAGUAUCCUUAAGAUAAAUAAACUAGUUUACACCCCCCUGGGAUCAGCUGGAAAAGGUAGCUAA